GUCCCACGACUAGGUUCACGCGCGCAUGCGUCUAACGUCAAUACAGGUUAUGCAAUAUCGGGUAUGUUCAGCGAACAUGACGGUUGCACUACAAUCGAGUAAUUCGUCGAAGUAAUUGGUCCAAAUUUAAGGAUCUGAUAGUAAGGACCAAUAAUCGGCGACAGCUCGCUGAUCGCCUUGUUCCGCCGAACGCAAUUAUCCAGAGAGCGUCGAAUCACGUGAUCCGCGAAGGGCGAUUCAAACAGCCUGAACGACUUGGCAGUUUGUUUCUUACAAUUUGUUUGUUACAAUCCUAGUUUUGUCUGAUGGAUUUGCGACGGCAUCGUGAUGAUUAAUAUCGACGAUAAAUCUUCUCGAAGAGGAUCAACACAUCUGACAUGGAAGAGAGCCUCGAGGAGAGUCUUGUGGAUGAGGUGGAAGACGACGAUGUCGGGGAGUUGACGGCGCAAGACGCGCUCCAAGCGAUCGAGAACGCCUGGAUGAAUGAGAAAUUCGCGCCGGAGAUCCUGCCGCAUCAGUCGAACCUUGUGGACUGCAUGCUGCAGCAGAUCGCGCACAUGGAGAGAAACAUUAAGAGGUUAGACCGGAGCGACCUGCGUAUGCUGGUACACCGCAUGGAAGUGGAGCGCAUCAGGUACAUGAUCUCCAGCUACUUACGCACACGCCUGGAGAAGAUCGAGCGUUACACCUUACACAUCCUGUCGGAAGAAGCUAGUCGCAGCGAGGACGAGUGUUAUUUGACGCCAGGCGAGUUGCGCUUCGCGAAGGAGUUCCUCGCCGGCAUGGAGACGCUCUUCAAGACAGUGGCGUUGCAGCACAUGCCGCCGAAUUUCCAGCGUUUCGAGGUGAACAAAUUUACCGUUAAACCAAACAUGCAAGCGUACGUGUUCCUGCGCGCGAAUCAGCGAGUCACCGGUGUCGUUCUACAUGGUGCGCUAAACGAGGAAAUAGACUUCGAUGCUGGUUCGCAGCAUAUCGUGCAGUACAGCGCGGUCGCGCACUUGGUUAAGUCUGGUGUGGUGCAGUUGAUCUGAUGCUUUUCACUUUGAAGUGGUACAAGUGUGAACAGGGAGGAUAUGAUUUUCUCUUUCUCUCUUUAUGGAACAAUAUUGUUUUAUUUGUAUAUAUUACAAAAUUUCAACAAUCAUUGGUGAUAGAAGAAUCUGGAAAUUUUCUUCAUAUCGUAUAUUUUUCUAAAAACUUGUAUAAAAUACAAACUGUCAAGUCUAUCAAAAGCUUCUUGCCGAAGCUUGUCAAUUGCAUAGCAAAAGUAUAUUGCUAUAUAAAAUAUUGCUUCUAAAUUGUGACCAAAAUAAUUUUGCUGUAAACAGCAAGCUAAAAUACUAUAUAUGCUUUUUGUUUUUAAUAAAAAUGUUACCUUCUGC